GAAAUCGAAAGCAUUUUUGUCUUGUUUAGGUGCGGAAGCUGCUACCGUCGGGAGCUACAACUGCAAAGUCAUGGCUGUGUUCAUAAACUCAAACACAACAGUGCUGUAGCAGGUCUUUGACAACUGAGAACAGAACUUUAAGAUGAGUCUCACACAAGAACAGAGUGAAAGAUCAGCUUCAUCUGGAUUGAGCUCUGUGUCUGUGAAGAGUGAUCGAUCUAGAGAAGAGGGACCAAACUUCAGUGAGAAAACACCAUCAGUUACUGAAAGAUCAGCUUCACCUGUAUUCAGCUCAGUGUCACUCAAGAGUGACAAUUCAAAAGCUGAUGGACCAAACUUCAGUGAGAAAACACCAUCAGAUAUCAAAAGUGAACGAUGGCAGGAGACCUUAAUAAAUAUUGGUUCAGAAAUCACUCGAUGGAAAACACUUAAAGAACAAAGAGGAAUAAAGAGUGAUGAAGAACUGACAACAUGUCUCUUGGACAGGAUUCAGUGUGAGACAUCAGCUGCAGACCUCCAUUAUUUUGAAGAUGAUAUUUCCUGCAUCUUUCAGGGUCUUGAAAACAAAAUAGCUGUAUUUUUUAAGAAUGAGCUGGAAAGGUUUAAGAAAAUAUUGAAAAAUGAAAACACACAAUACUAUGUGAAGGACUUUAAGGAGAACAAAAACAACAUCAGGGAAACAGCCCUUGAUGUCACAAUCCACUUUCUGAGAAGUAUGAAACAAGAUGAACUUGCUGAUACUCUGGAAGAUGAGCUGAUCUACACAUGUCAACUAAAAUCAGACCUGGAGAAGAAGUGUCAAUGUGUAUUUGAAGGAAUCGCAAAGCAGGGUGACUCCACACUUCUAAAUAAGAUCUACACGGAUCUGUACAUCACUCAGGGUGGAGGUGAACAAGUCAAUACUGAACAUGAGAUAAGACAGAUCGAGGUUGCUUCCAGACAUCUAGAAUCUCCAGACAUACAGAUUAACUUCAAGGAUUUGUUUAAACCACAUGAACAAACCCAGACCAUCAGAACUGUACUAACAAAAGGAGUUGCUGGCAUUGGAAAAUCUGUCUCAGUGCAAAAGUUUGUUCUGGACUGGGCUGAAGGAAAAGAAAACCAGGAUAUCAGCUUCAUAUUUCCUCUUCCAUUCCGAGAGAUGAACUUGAAGGAGAAAGCAGAAGUAAAUUUAAAGGAUCUUUUAUGUAAGUUUUUCCCAGAGAUUAAAGGACUGGACCUUACCAGAAAAAACAAAAAGGUUCUUUUCAUCCUUGAUGGUUUGGAUGAAUGUCGUCUUCCUCUGAAGUUUGAUGGUAAUGAGAUAUGGAGUGAUAUCACAUCACCUGCUCCUCUGGAUGUUCUCCUGACAAACCUCAUCAAAGGAGAUCUGCUUCCUCACUCUCACAUCUGGAUAACCACCAGACCAGCAGCAGCCGGUAAGAUUCCUCCUGAGUGUAUCGACAGAGUGACAGAGGUCCGAGGAUUCAAUGAUGAACAGAAGAAAGAAUACUUCAGAAAAAGAUUCACAGAUCAGAAUAUGGCCGACACAAUCAUUGAUCACGUAAAAAAAUCAAAGAGUCUCUUCAUCAUGUGUCACAUCCCAGUGUUCUGCUGGAUUUCAGCCACUGUGCUUGAGAACAUUCUGGAGAAGAAGAGCAAAGAUCAGACUGAUGACACACAGGAGUCAAACACUGAUGAUACUCCUAGAACUCUGACACAAAUGUACACACACUUCUUUCGCUUUCAGAUUCAACAGAGCAGAAGAAAGUAUGAUGGAGAAUACUCGCCAGAUAUCUCCUGGGACAUGGACUCAAUCUAUUCACUGGGAAAACUGGCUUUUGAACAACUGGAAAGAAACAACCUGAUCUUCUAUGAGUCAGAUCUGGAGGAGUGUGGCAUUGAUGUCUCUAAAGCUUCUGUGUAUUCAGGGAUGUGCACUCAGAUCUUUAAACAGGAGACAGGGAUCAUUCUUGGUACUGUGUACUGCUUUGUUCACUUGAGCAUUCAGGAGUUUAUCGCAGCUCUGUAUGCACAUCUGUUUCUAGACAAGAACAAGAAACAUGUAUUUGUUCAAGAACACAUGGAGCCAGAAGCCCAGAAUGAAACGCUGACUGGUUUACUGAAGACUGCAGUGGAUAAGGCACUUGAGAGUGACAAUGGACAUCUGGAUCUUUUCCUUCGCUUCCUCCUCGGUCUGUCACUUGAGUCCAAUCGACGUCUCCUACGAGGUCUGUUGUCACAGGAAGAGAGCCAUAAGCAGAACAACACAGAAAUAGUCCAGUACAUCAAGAAGAAAUUUGAACAUAGUUUAUGUCCAGAGAGAUCCAUCAAUCUGUUUUACUGUCUGAAUGAACUGAAUGAUCAAACUCUGGUUCAAGAGAUUCAGAAGCAUCUUAGUGAAGGAAGUCUGUCAUCUUCUGACCUCUCACCUGCUCAGUGGUCUGCUCUCACUUUUGUGUUGCUGACAUCAGAUGAGGAACUGACAGAGUUUGAGCUUCAGAAAUUCAAGAAAUCAGAUGAAUGUCUCAUUAGAUUACUGCCAGUUGUCAAGUCUUCCAAACAUGCUCUGUUAAAUGACUGUAAUCUAACAGACAAGAGUUGUUCAGCUCUGGCUGAAGUUCUGAGCUCAGAUAACAGUCUUGAGGAGCUAAACAUGAGCAAUAAUAAUCUACAGGAUUCAGGGGUCAAGCUACUCUGUGCUGGACUGAAGAACAUAAAGUGUGAAUUAAAGAAACUGAGUGUCAGUAAGUGUGAUAUAACAGAAGAAAGUUGUUCAGCUCUGGCUGCAGUUCUCAGUUCAGACUCCUGCACUCUGAAGGAUCUCAACAUGAGCAGAAAUAAUCUACAGGAUGAUGGAGUCAAGCGGCUUUCUGAAGGAUUGAAGAACACUAAUUGUGAACUGAAUAAACUGAGUCUGUCUGAGUGCAGUAUUGGAGAAGAAGGUUAUAAUUGUUUAUAUUCAGCUGUGAGAUCAAACCCUGAAUCACAUCUGAUAGAGCUGGAUCUCAGAGGAAAUGAUCCUGGAGAAACAGGAGUCAAACUCAUCUAUCAGUUAAUACAAGAUCACAAGUGUGAGCUCAACACUGUCAGGUUCUUGAGCAGCUCUUCUGCAGUGAAAGCCUUUGAGUAUCUGACAGAAACUCUUGGUAUAAAUCCUUUACUCCAGAGAGAAGUGAAUCUGAGUGAUCAUAAACUAGACGAGUCAAGAGUGAAUCAGAUCUGUGAUCUACUGAAGGACAAACACUGUCGCAUCAACACAUUCAUACUGAGAGAUUGUGGUCUAACAGAAGAAAGUUGUUCAGCUUUAGCUUCAGUUUUAUCAUCAAACAUCAGUGUGAAAGAGCUCGACAUGAGCAACAAUCAUCUACAGGAUUCAGGAGUGAAGCGUCUCUCUGAUGGACUGAAGAACAACUGUAAACUACACAAACUCACGUUCUUGAGCAGCUCUUCUGCAGUUGAAGUCUUUGAGUAUCUGACAGAAACUCUUGGUAUAAAUCCUUUACUCCAGAGAGAAGUGAAUCUGAGUGAUCAUAAACUAGACGAGUCAAGAGUGAAUCAGAUCUGUGAUCUACUGAAGGACAAACACUGUCGCAUCAACACACUCAUUCUGAGUAAAAAUAAACUAGAAGAUUCAGGAAUGAUGAAGAUCUCUGAUCUGUUGAAAAAUCCACACUGCAGACUACACAAACUAGAUCUGACAGAGUGCAGUAUUGGAGAAGAAGAGCUGGAUCUCAGAGGAAAUGAUCCUGGAGAAACAGGAGUCAAACUCAUCGAUCAGUUAAUACAAGAUCACAAGUGUAAACUCAACACUGUCAGGUUCUUGAGCAGUUCUUCUGCAGUGAAAGCCUUUGAGUAUCUGACAGAAACUCUUGGUAUAAAUCCUUUACUCCAGAGAGAAGUGAAUCUGAGUGAUCAUAAACUAGACGAGUCAAGAGUGAAUCAGAUCUGUGAUCUACUGAAGGACAAACACUGUCACAUCAACACACUCAUUCUCAGUAACAGCAGUAUUACAGCAGGAAGUUUUGCUGAUCUGAUAUCAGCCAUCAAAUCAAAACCAUCACAUCUGAAACAUCUUGAUCUGAGUGGAAAUAAACUUGAAGAUUCAGUAAUGAUGAAGAUCUCUGAAUUAUUGGGAAAUGCUAAAUCCAAACUGCAGAAACUCAAUCUGUCCGAAUGCAGUAUUGGAGAAGAAGGUUAUAAAUGUUUAUAUUCAGCUGUGAGAUCAAACCCUGAAUCACAUCUGAUAGAACUGGAUCUCAGAGGAAAUGAUCCUGGAGAAACAGGAGUCAAACUCAUCUAUCAGUUAAUACAAGAUCACAAGUGUAAACUCAACACUGUCAGGUUCUUGAGCAGUUCUUCUGCAGUUAAAGCCUUUGAGUAUCUGACAGAAACUCUUGGUAUAAAUCCUUUACUCCAGAGAGAAGUGAAUCUGAGUGAUCAUAAACUAGACGAGUCAAGAGUGAAUCAGAUCUGUGAUCUACUGAAGGACAAACACUGUCGCAUCAACACAUUCAUACUGAGAGAUUGUGGUCUAACAGAAGAAAGUUGUUCAGCUUUAGCUUCAGUUUUAUCAUCAAACAUCAGUGUGAAAGAGCUCGACAUGAGCAACAAUCAUCUACAGGAUUCAGGAGUGAAGCGUCUCUCUGAUGGACUGAAGAACAACUGUAAACUACACAAACUCACUGUGUCCGAGUGCAGUAUUGGAGAAGAAGGUUAUAAAUGUUUAUAUUCAGCUGUGAGAUCAAACCCUGAAUCACAUCUGAUAGAGCUGGAUCUCAGAGGAAAUGAUCCUGGAGAAACAGGAGUCAAACUCAUCUAUCAGUUAAUACAAGAUCACAAGUGUAAACUCAACACUGUCAGGUUCUUGAGCAGCUCUUCUGCAGUGAAAGCCUUUGAGUAUCUGACAGAAACUCUUGGUAUAAAUCCUUUACUCCAGAGAGAAGUGAAUCUGAGUGAUCAUAAACUAGACGAGUCAAGAGUGAAUCAGAUCUGUGAUCUACUGAAGGACAAACACUGUCACAUCAACACACUCAUUCUGACAGAGUGCAGUAUUGGAGAAGAAGGUUAUAAAUGUUUAUAUUCAGCUGUGAGAUCAAACCCUGAAUCACAUCUGAUAGAGCUGGAUCUCAGAGGAAAUGAUCCUGGAGAAACAGGAGUCAAACUCAUCUAUCAGUUAAUACAAGAUCACAAGUGUAAACUCAACACUGUCAGAUUUCUGAAGACUUGUGCUGCAGAAGAAGCUUGUGAUCAUCUCUGUAAAGCUCUAGAUGUGAAUCCAUUACUGCUGAAAGAACUCAAUCUGAGUCACAAUAAACUGGGAGAUCUGGAUGGAGAGAAACUCUCGGCUCUAUUGAUGGACUCUCACAGCAAAGUGACUAAAAUCAUAUUGAAUGAUUGUGAGCUGACAGAGAAUCAGUGUUCAGCUCUAGCUGCUGUUCUCUCCUGUAAAACCCUCGUGAAGGAGAUGAAUCUGAGCAACAGUCCACUGAUGGAUUCAGGACUCAAACACAUCUGUGACCAACUCAAGAAUCCUCAGUGUCAACUCCAGAUACUCAAACUGAGAGAUUGUGGUCUAACAGAAGAAAGUUGUUCAGCUUUAGCUUCAGUUUUAUCAUCAAACAUCAGUGUGAAAGAGCUCGACAUGAGCAACAAUCAUCUACAGGAUUCAGGAGUGAAGCGUCUCUCUGAUGGACUGAAGAACAACUGUAAACUACACAAACUCACUGUGUCCGAGUGCAGUAUUGGAGAAGAAGGAGUCAAACUCAUCUAUCAGUUAAUACAAGAUCACAAGUGUAAACUCAACACUGUCAGGUUCUUGAGCAGUUCUUCUGCAGUGAAAGCCUUUGAGUAUCUGACAGAAACUCUUGGUAUAAAUCCUUUACUCCAGAGAGAAGUGAAUCUGAGUGAUCAUAAACUAGACGAUCUCAGUAACAGCAGUAUUACAGCAGGAGGUUUUGCUGAUCUGAUAUCAGCCAUCAAAUCAAAACCAUCACAUCUGAAACAUCUUGAUCUGAGUGGAAAUAAACUUGAAGAUUCAGUAAUGAUGAAGAUCUCUGAAUUAUUGGAAAAUGCUAAAUCCAAACUGCAGAAACUCAAGUUCUUGAGCAGCUCUUCUGCAGUGAAAGCCUUUGAGUAUCUGACAGAAACUCUUGGUAUAAAUCCUUUACUCCAGAGAGAAGUGAAUCUGAGUGAUCAUAAACUAGACGAGUCAAGAGUGAAUCAGAUCUGUGAUCUACUGAAGGACAAACACUGUCACAUCAACACACUCAUACUGAGAGAUUGUGGUCUAACAGAAGAAAGUUGUUCAGCUUUAGCUUCAGUUUUAUCAUCAAACAUCAGUGUGAAAGAGCUCGACAUGAGCAACAAUCAUCUACAGGAUUCAGGAGUGAAGCGUCUCUCUGAUGGACUGAAGAACAACUGUAAACUACACAAACUCACUGUGUCCGAGUGCAGUAUUGGAGAAGAAGAGCUGGAUCUCAGAGGAAAUGAUCCUGGAGAAACAGGAGUCAAACGCAUCUAUCAGUUAAUACAAGAUCACAAGUGUAAACUCAACACUGUCAGGUUCUUGAGCAGUUCGUCUGCAGUGAAAGCCUUUGAGUAUCUGACAGAAACUCUUGGUAUAAAUCCUUUACUCCAGAGAGAAGUGAAUCUGAGUGAUCAUAAACUAGACGAGUCAAGAGUGAAUCAGAUCUGUGAUCUACUGAAGGACAAACACUGUCACAUCAACACACUCAUUCUGAGUAAAAAUAAACUAGAAGAUUCAGGAAUGAUGAAGAUCUCUGAUCUGUUGAGAAACUCACAGUGCAGACUACACAAACUAGAAUUUCUGAAGAGUUGUGCUGCAGAAGAAGCUUGUGAUCAUCUCUGUAAAGCUCUAGAUGUGAAUCCAUUACUGCUGAAAGAACUCAAUCUGAGUCACAAUAAACUGGGAGAUCUGGAUGGAGAGAAACUCUCGGCUCUAUUGAUGGACUCUCACAGCAAAGUGACUAAAAUCAUAUUGAAUGAUUGUGAGCUGACAGAGAAUCAGUGUUCAGCUCUAGCUGCUGUUCUCUCCUGUAAAACCCUCGUGAAGGAGAUGAAUCUGAGCAACAGUCCACUGAUGGAUUCAGGACUCAAACACAUCUGUGACCAACUCAAGAAUCCUCAGUGUCAACUCCAGAUACUCAAACUGAGAGAUUGUGGUCUAACAGAAGAAAGUUGUUCAGCUUUAGCUUCAGUUUUAUCAUCAAACAUCAGUAUGAAAGAGCUCGACAUGAGCAACAAUCAUCUACAGGAUUCAGGAGUGAAGCGUCUCUCUGAUGGACUGAAGAACAACUGUAAACUACACAAACUCACUGUGUCUGAGUGCAGUAUUGGAGAAGAAGGAGUCAAACUCAUCUAUCAGUUAAUACAAGAUCACAAGUGUAAACUCAACACGGUCAGGUUCUUGAGCAGCUCUUCUGCAGUUGAAGCCUUUGAGUAUCUGACAGAAACUCUUGGUAUAAAUCCUUUACUCCAGAGAGAAGUGAAUCUGAGUGAUCAUAAACUAGACGAGUCAAGAGUGAAUCAGAUCUGUGAUCUACUGAAGGACAAACACUGUCACAUCAAUACACUCAUUCUGAGUAAAAAUAAACUAGAAGAUUCAGGAAUGAUGAAGAUCUCUGAUCUGUUGGAAAACUCACAGUGCAGACUACACAAACUAGAAUUUCUGAAGACUCGUGCUGCAGAAGAAGCUUGUGAUCAUCUCUGUAAAGCUCUAGAUGUGAAUCCAUUACUGCUGAAAGAACUCAAUCUGAGUCACAAUAAACUGGGAGAUCUGGAUGGAGAGAAACUCUCGGCUCUAUUGAUGGACUCUCACAGCAAAGUGACUAAAAUCAUAUUGAAUGAUUGUGAGCUGACAGAGAAUCAGUGUUCAGCUCUAGCUGCUGUUCUCUCCUGUAAAACCCUCGUGAAGGAGAUGAAUCUGAGCAACAGUCCACUGAUGGAUUCAGGACUCAAACACAUCUGUGACCAACUCAAGAAUCCUCAGUGUCAACUCCAGAUACUCAAAUUGAGAGAUUGUGGUCUAACAGAAGAAAGUUGUUCAGCUUUAGCUUCAGUUUUAUCAUCAAACAUCAGUGUGAAAGAGCUCGACAUGAGCAACAAUCAUCUACAGGAUUCAGGAGUGAAGCGUCUCUCUGAUGGACUGAAGAACAACUGUAAACUACACAAACUCACUGUGUCCGAGUGCAGUAUUGGAGAAGAAGGAGUCAAACUCAUCUAUCAGUUAAUACAAGAUCACAAGUGUAAACUCAACACUGUCAGGUUCUUGAGCAGUUCUUCUGCAGUGAAAGCCUUUGAGUAUCUGACAGAAACUCUUGGUAUAAAUCCUUUACUCCAGAGAGAAGUGAAUCUGAGUGAUCAUGAACUAGACGAGUCAAGAGUGAAUCAGAUCUGUGAUCUACUGAAGGACAAACACUGUCACAUCAACACACUCAUUGAAAUAAUCUCUUCCUCACGCUGUCAUUUAUUUAUUUUCUCAUUUCUUCUCUCUCACUUUGUCUCAAUACAGGUUAGAGCGUGUGGUUUGACAGAUGAAGGUCUUGUUGAUCUGACUUCAGCUCUGAAUUCAAACCCGUCACACUUGAGAAAACUGGAUCUGAGUCUAAAUCCACUAAGAGACUCAGGAGUUGAACAUCUCUGUGCUCUUCUGAGUAAUUCACAAUUCAGACUGAAAACACUUCGAGUAAGUGGAUGCAGUAUUACAAUGACACAGCUUGACAAGCUGAUUUCAGCUCUGUGUUCAAACCCGUCACAUCUGAGAGAACUGAACCUCAGUGGAAAUGAAAUAAAGGACACCGGAGUGAAGCUCUUGUGUCGACUACUUAAACAUUCACAAUGUAAACUGGAGAAACUGAAUCUAUAUAAGUGUCAUAUCACAGAUGUCACUGCUUUAGCUGAUACUUUGGCUCAGACACAAGCAUUAAAGUUCUUAAAGGUGCUUGAUCUGCGUUACAGUAAUAUAAAAGACCAGAAGCGGCUUCAUGAAGUGCUAAAGAGCUCAAACUGUAAACUGAGUCUUUUUUGGCCACUUCUUCCCAAACUACGGGAUGUCCAGUUAUCAUCAGAUGAGGAAGACGGGGACACUUCAUCUCAAAAUGUUAAACCAAAGGAUCAAGUUGAAGGUGGUCAGAGCACAGAUAGAGAUUGUGUGGUUUUAUGAGGUUUAAUUAUACAGCGUCUUGACAAACUCAUUGUUUGUUUUCAGCUCCCUGUGUUUAGUUUAAUAUAGAUGUUAGUUAUGUUCUGUUCUUGGUUUUGUUUUUACUUUAUUAUCUAUGACAGUGAACUCGUAAACUUUUCUGUGUAAAUAGUCUGAAGAUCUAAACAAGACACACUUCAUCAACAUCAUGUAUAAUAUAUGAAUGUGUAUAAAAGAAGAUUAGAGAAGGUUAAAGAAAUACUGAAGCUGUUCUUCUAGUAUAUGUGGUAUUUCAUCAACAAUUUGACAUUGAAUGUAUAAAAAACAUUUGCUAAAGUAUUUGUAAAUUAUAUCUCUACAUUAUUUCAGUAAUUGUUGUUUCGCUAAUCUAAAGUGCACAGAUCGUUUAUUUUGUGAAUUUCUGCAAAUUUCAUUGUGAUUUCUGUUUGUUCAAAACAAAUAUUUAGUCUUUUAGACAAAUUUUCAACUGAAAAAUGUCAAAGUUGUUUAACUCUCUUUCUGUCGCCGUCCCGAAUACGGGACGCACAAAUUAAAUUAUGAAGGAGUCAUUUAUUUGUUUAUGAAAAAAGGGCAAAUAAAAACUGUAUUUCUAUA